AUGGAUGGUUGGGGAUUGAGUGAUGUUGAAUUAAUGGCAAUGUUUAUUUAUUUUGUUGAAUUUGGGUGGAUAUAUGGUUUGGUUCUUGGGUGGGGUGUCCGAGAUUUCAGUAUUGAAAGUGUUGCUGGGGUUUGGGAGGACUGCAAUGAUCUAUUAACAUCCCAAGAGAUUGUCUGGUUUUCUGGGAGUAGCCGCCCUCAACUUUGGUUCCGACUACGAAAUGGCGCGAACCCAGCUAAACUCAGGCGCACAGCCGCCCAGAGACCAUUUCUAGGAACCGGUUUUGAGAAAUGGUUGUGCUCUAGCACUUUUGAGGGAAAUGGUGGUACGGGCUUUGCCCUAUCCGCUUGCAACCAAGAAACAGGUGUCUCCAAUAAACCCUGCCUUGGUCAUCGUCCGCCAAAUGACAGGCCGUUUUUCGGACACGCCGGAUGGUUCCACAACAGCGGGACGGUAGUUUGUAUAAAAUCUGUUCCUUGUUCCCAAUUCAUUACCCCCAACCUAUUCCUGCCCUACUCAUUAACUUGGUAUACUAUACAAAGAGUAGGGGUAGGAUCUGCUACCAUGCGUUUCCUCCGUACCACCUCUCUAAUCACCGCCUUUGCCAUGCGCGGCUUGUCGGUUGCUAUCCCAGCUUUGGGCAAUAGCACAGACAAUGCUUGUACCCCAUUCAAUUAUGAAUGGACUUCCCGAUGCUGGUGGCGCGCUGUCCCCAUCGCUGACGCCAAAACCGCCAUCCAUAACGCAUGCCAGCAGCUAUCAUCCUGCAUCCCAGGCCAACAGGUCCCUAUGACUAUGCCCACCCAAGGAUACGCUCGUGAUGUGACGGCACAGAUCCGCCUCGGGGCGCAGUGUGGGAAUGCGGAGAUAGAUUGGGCGACCAAUUGUGAGGGGUACUUCGAGACAUAUGUGAAUGAUCAGUGCGGUGAAAAGGGGAACGAGACGCACUUCUAUCAAGGUGGCACAUGUGCUGAUGUUGUGUGUAGUGGGAUACGGGAAGAGCAAGUGUGA